AUGGCGAACUCCGACGUGAUAGAAUUCUGCACGGCGAACAAUGUGGGCCCCGCGCUUAAUGGCCAGAACCAUUCGGCCCAUAGCUCGCAAAGUUCGACGCCCACAAAUAUCUCCACUGCCCGCGCAAUUCGCCGCCGAUGCGCGGAAUGCAUCGCAACCACAUCACCGCAGUUUGACACUGAUAGCAAACAAGUGCGACGCGCGACAUGCGGGGGGCGCGUUCGCACGGUGCGAGGCGCGCCAGUGGGUGCGAUGGGCGCCUCCAGCCACCGCCACCACUUUCCCCGGUUCGAUUCCCACGCGGCGCUCCGCACGCACAAGGCCGCGCUCAUUGCUCGU